UUAUUGUCUCCACACUCCGCUGUAGAUACAAUUUUGAGAUUCUACUGCUGUUUCCCGGAACCUUCACAUUGGAUAAAAGCACCCGAGCAGGUCUGAAGAGCAGGUCUGAAGAGCAGGUCUGAGCAGGUGUCUUUAAAGCGAUAAAGUUUCACUCUGACUCUUUAUCAGAAGUCGAUUCUAGCGGGAACACUCCACCCUGAGCACCGUCUGGAAGGACGACAAGCUUCACCAUGUCCGCCAAAGACACGCUGAGGCGCAAUAAAACAGGCAUUCAAACGAUUCUGUGUGGAGAUCGAAAGUUCAUCCUCGACAAGGUCUUUGAGAAUGAUCUGAUAACUCCACGUGAAUACAACAAUCUGAAAAGCAUCAACAAAGAAGAUGAUGAGGGGCACGUUGUUGAGCUUGUGGAUAAGAUCAUGAAUAAAGGAGAAGAGACCUGCCGAGACUUCCUGGAUCUCCUGCAAACUGACGAGGACAUUAAAUCAACCUUCCCGAGCCUGAGCAACAUUCAGCUACCUGGUGCACGACCUUUACCCAGACCUGUCCAGGUCUCCUCAUCACACAGUGAGGUGUUUCUGGGACAAGACAAGAAGAGGCCAAAGAUGGAUGACCUUUAUCCACUGAACAGCCAGCCGGUCGGCCUCUGUCUGAUCAUGAACAAUGUGAACUUCACUGACGGCUCAGUCAGAAGAGGAUCAGACAAAGAUGCUCAAAGUUUGGCAGAGGUGUUCAGUGAGCUGGGCUUCAGAGCGCUGAUGUGUAAAGACCAAACCAAGGACCAGAUGGAGCAAACGCUGACCUGGUUUUCCUCCCUGAACGACCACGCUCUGCCACCGCAGGAGUUCAGAGUUGAGGAGUGGUCUGGCACCGGAUUCACUGAACCUCAGCAGCCUCUUAAUCAUGGAGAUGCCUUCAUCUGCUGUCUUCUCAGUCACGGAGUGAAAGGUGCAGUUUUGGGGACUGACAGGAAUCCUGUCUCCAUUAAACACAUCACCAGAUCCUUCAGGGCGACUGAGCAGUCGGCCCUCACCGGGAAGCCCAAAGUGUUCCUGAUCCAGGCCUGUCAAGGAAAAGAUGAACAGUGUGGAGUGUUAGUAAAAGAUCUGGAGGAAGAUAAUUGUGGUGGUGGUUCCAUCCCUGUAGAAGCAGAUGUUCUGGUUGCCAUCUCCACUGUUGAAGAUUAUGUAUCAUUUAGACACCGAAUAGAUGGGAGCUGGUUUAUCCAGUCUGUGUGUCAGCAGCUGAGGGAGCGCUGUCCAAGGGGUGAGGAUUUAUUGACCAUCCUGACCCACGUCAACAAUGAUGUCAGUCAGAAAGAGGCCUCCAGCCAACCUGGUGAAAAGAAGCAGAUGUCUGAAGUGAGAUUCAACCUGAGGAAGACACUUGUGUUUUCACCACAUCACACCUGAGGCCACAAAUCAUGCAGACACAGCAGACUUUGUCUCAUAAUUAGUGGUGUAUAAUGGUUUCUUAAGGUGUUUAUUGGCUUUUUAAACAAUCAUUCUAAUCUCUUAUUCUAUAUCACAUUGAUUCUUUGUCUUUUUUACUGUCACCCAUUUUCAUCAGAGAAUAAAAUUGAAAGUGUGAUGAUCA